AUGAUGGGCACGCCCUCCGGUGGCGCGGGGUCUGUCGAACUGGGGAAACCAAGGGAGGCCGUCCGGUUCUUGGAAGAUAUGACGGAGGCAGAGAUGGCUAAGCAGGAAGGUGCCACACCGGCCGGUUUGCAGAACCUGGGGAAUACCUGCUACCUCAACUCCACCCUGCAGACCCUACGCAGUGUCCCCGAACUUCAGCAGGAGCUUCUCAAAUACCAGUCAAGCUCUCAGCCCAGUCAGGCAGGGCUCUCCGACCUCAGCAGUUUUGGUCUGAGUGGAUUGAGCAGCUCGAAUGACCUGGCAGCCUCCCUGCGGGACCUGUUCAAGCAGAUGUCGGAAACGCAGGAGGGCAUUCCGCCACUGAUGUUCCUCAAUGCGCUACGUACGGUUUUCCCGCAAUUCGCCCAGCGGGAUCGCAAUGGUCAUGGAUAUGCCCAGCAGGACGCCGAAGAGGCGUGGUCGCAGAUCGUUAAUCAGCUGCGCACCAAAUUGACCAUCAGCGACGGCGAGGGGGAGUCCGCACGGAAGACUUCGUUUAUUGACAAAUAUCUCGCGGGCCGGUUUGACUCCUCCACUGAGUGUGACGAGGCGUCCGGCGAGGAACCGAGCAAGACCUCGGAUGUCUUCUACAAGCUUGAUUGCCACAUUGGCAAAGAGACCAACCAUCUCCAGGAUGGCAUUAUGGCCGGCCUGGAAGAACAGAUUGAGAAACAGUCGCCUUCCCUGGGGCGCAAUGCGGUUUACACGAAGCGCUCUCGCAUCUCCCGGCUGCCCAAGUACCUGACCGUGCAUUUUGUCCGAUUCUUCUGGAAGCGCGAGACCCAAAAGAAAGCCAAGAUCAUGCGCAAAGUGACCUUCCCGCACGAGUUGGAUAUCGUCGAGUUCUGUACCGAGGAGCUCCGGAAACAGCUCGUUCCCAUCCGCGACAAGGUGCGUGAGAUCCGCAAGGACGAGGUGGACGUGGAGCGUUCUCGCAAGCGGCAAAAGCUGGCGCAGCAGCAGGAAGAAACCCAGAAAAGGAACGAGGCCGAGUCCGGCGGCAGCAUGGAGAAGGAGCAGGAGCCGAUGCAGAAGAAGAAAGCCUCCGAGGAAACCAAAGCCAAGGCCGGCGACAAAGACGGUGACACCGCCAUGGCAGAGAGCUACAAAACCGACGCAGAAUAUGAGACCGAGAAGAUCGAGGCGAUCCGUAUUGCUAAGAAGGAGUUGUACGACCUCCUCGAGCAGCAGGGUAGCGCGGAUGGCACCAACCAGUCCGGUCUAUAUGAGCUCCGCGGCGUGAUCACCCACCAGGGCGCCAGUGCCGACAGCGGCCACUACACUGCAUACGUGAAGCAGAGCCGACCGUCGGCCGAUGCGCAGACGGGCAGCAAGCGCCGCGAGGAAGGGGAGGAGAAGUGGUGGUGGUUCAACGAUGAUAAGGUGACGGAGGUUGAGGCUGAGAAGAUCGAGACUCUGGCCGGCGGUGGUGAGUUAUUUUUUUGCCCUUUUGCUAAGUAUCUUGCUGACAAUAUUGCUUCCAGGCGAGUCCCACUCCGCGCUAAUCUUGCUGUAUCGUGCCAUUGA